AUGAGUCCAACACUCGGGCAUUACCCUCAGAGUGCGGCCCCAAUAGGUCCGACGACGACGGUCUUCUGGCCGCCCCCAACAGAGCCCGGAUAUGCUUCUUUUAGAGACUAUUUUCGCGGACAACACGAAAGCCAUGUGGAACCAAAGGCCAUCUGGGAUGAGCAAGACGCGACAAUCUUGGAGUUCGACGAUCCCGCAACAGAAUACACCCACACACCGAGUGUUGCGACAUGGAAAAGAGAAAGCUACAUUUCGGACUUUGCGGAUGAUCUACUCAGAAGUAUCAAUGACCUGCAGCCAGACAAACAAGAAAUUGGGAGAUUGUCCACCAUUCUCCCACAUUUGCUCAUGGCUUUUGCUCUUAGACUUAGCUAUAAGGCACCAACAGCAAAGCAUCGUGACGUGAUGCAAUUUGUCUACAGAUACCGGAGAGACAUCGCCGACGCUUUCAGGGACAGGGGCCUGCGAAAAGAAGAAGAUCCCCCAGAUGCAGCUAAGGCCAACGGAGAGGACAUUCCUCUCGAUGAAUUAAUGAGUUCCUGGUUUGCAAGGCAAGAUCUAACUUCUGUUCAUGAAGAAAAAUCGAUACAAGGACUUCACGAGGGAUUUGACGACGUUGACUUGAACUCCAGGCGCAACCAAGACGCUCAAGAUGACAUUGCAUCGACAACGGGUUAUCGAGACUUCGUUCUUGACACAUAUGCAUUCCGAUGGCUUCUUGCCCGUUUACGUGUGGAGAUGCGCUUAGUUCCAACCGAACCAAAGUCAAUAGAGACUAUAAGUCAAACUAUUGUAUCUUCACUAUAUCCAUCCUAUGUACUUAGCAGGGAACCACACUCAGAAGAGUUCAAAGCGACCUUUGUGAUCCACUGGGACUUGCUGGGAUUCUUGGAGCAUCAACAGUACACUACCGGCCAUGCCGAGGCUGUCUCUAAAGUGAUUACCUUGACUGGAUCCGGUCAAGAUGCACAGGCUCUAACAUGUGCCGAAUACCUGGCUCAGACAUGGCCACUCACAGGAGAUCUGAUGAUGCAACUGGUCAAAGAUGUUCUGGAUGAGAAAAACGGUCUUGCGCAAUCAGGCCAUUUCCCUGAUGGGACUUCAUUCUCAGCUCGGAUCCAAAGGCCAAGAUUCAUUCUUGAGGCUUGCGGAAACCCAAGUUCUCUUGCAGAGGUCGGGGAACAGUUAGCCUGGCUUGCGUCCGCUCUUCAGCCUUCACCUGGCGAAAAUGGUCUCUUUUCUUGCACUCCCUUCAUUCGCUACAUAAAUCCGUCCAUGUCUUCGUCUCGGCUGUCCAAAUCGUCGGUAUCAGCUGCUCUUACAUACAAGAUUGGGUUUAGUAUCGAAGAAGUUGAAAAGCCUGUCGACAGUGCAAGUUGCGAAUGCUGGCACGACAUGUUUCUGAACCCUAUGAUCGUUCGAGGGUAUCCAAUUCCGUCGAGAGUCGAGUCAAAUACUGGUAUGGAGAUUCCACUCCAUAUCAUGGCUGGCUUGGCUCGAAGCGAGCAAGUGGAUCAGUUCAACGGAAAGACUUUCAUUAAAGGAUUCUCUACUCUUCUUGUUCCAGCUAAGCGCAUUGGAGACAUGCUUCUCUGGCAUCUACUUUACAAAAAAGAUGGAAGUCGUAUCUCUUACCCAGAUAGUGCUGUACCUCACGCCGGGGACAUUAGCAGUCUUGAUCUGGGGAGUCUUCAACAUGUGCUUGGUUGGUGCUCGGAAGCCGAGUUCUAUUCCGGUUCUGCCCAGGCUAACCAUCAUGUGGGCGGUUCGGGACUGAGCAAACCGCAAGAACACGGUUAUCUUGCUAACCUAGUUGUGUCUCCAGGCAGAGGCAUAAUGGGAGGCGCUGCGUUUGUUUUGGGCCUCAGAGAUACGCCAGCCCAUGUGGCUCGCAAUAGCUACAUACCGAAACUCCAAUGGAUUGCAACCAAGUUUGUACUGUUGUGGGAUGAAAGCGAUAAACGAGGCUGGCUCAUCAAUGGGACCAGUGCAUUGCUAUACAUUGUCAGAGCAUCCUUGGCAUACAAUAGUACGGACAAGUUCAAAGCUGCAUUUCUCUUCAGACCAGAGGAUAUGAAGGAGUCCUCAGCACCCUUCACGGCCGAUUCAGCAAUUGAUGUGCUCAUCCACCCCGACAAUUUGGCACUUAAGCUAUACCAAGAGAAGGAAGGCCACUUGUUGCUCCAAAGCCGAAUCGAGCGCUUCUACAGUAUUCUGGAGAAACUCAUCGAUCAUCAAGCCGAUGUUUCAGGUGAAGAUGGCUCGAAAUUGGUUGACAAACCACGCCAAUACCUCGAAGGCUGGGAUUUCAGGGACCUCGUCACAUCCCGCGAUCCCAUGUAUCCACGAGUGACCACUCUGGAGGCCGGAGGCAAGGCAUGGGUUGACUUGACUCGAGCCUUGCACACAAUCACCCUAUUUGGUCGCGGCUUUGGUGAGCUUAUCAAGCCAGCCGGUGCAGACACUUGCGAGUACUGGUCUGAGUUGCCCAAGCAAAAGUACUAUGUGGCAGCUGGUCUUUCGGAUUUGAUUCAGGUGAGGAAUAACAACGACUACCACAACGACGGACAGGUGAGACUCAGCGAAACGACUAUAUGGCACACCCCAACUGCCCUAUUUGUGUCUUGUCGAUGCCAAGGGGCGCUGAGACGAGAUCACUGUGAACCAGUGCAAGCGUUGUUACCUUCGGCAAUGUUGAAGUUGCUGCUCCCUAGGAAGGCUCUUGUCCCAGAGGAAAGUUCUGGUGCAGUUAUAUUUGGGCAGCACUCGGCUUUUCCCUGGGUUUGGGGGGACUAUGGCCCUCCUGAAGAGGGCACGCGGCCACCUCUUUCUAAGGCAACCGACGUGGGCUCAUUUCAUGACAGCGGAAUUGAUUCCAGUACAGGAUUGUCAAAUGAAGACAGCUCGGAGUUGUCCCACUCAACCACGCCAGGACUGAAUCGAAUUGCGAGCAACGACGGCAUCGAUGACCUCUGGUCAACUUCCACGCCUGGUGUCGCCGAAAUUUAUUCUCAGCAUGACUAUACCGUCGGCAUCCUGUGUGCACUACCAAAGGAACUCAAAGCUGUGCGAGCCCUUUUCGAUAAAGAGCACGACAGCCUCGACAAUGUGGCCGGAGACACCAACCAUUACAAAUUGGGACAAAUGAACAGGCAUAUGGUUGUCGCAGCCUGUCUGCCCAAAGGAGACUACGGAACAAACCCCGCCGCUGAUUCCGCCGCUAACAUGAGGAGGAGUUUCCCAAGCAUCAAGUUUUGUCUCUUGGUGGGCAUAGGCGGUGGCGUGCCGUCGAGAGAGCAGGACAUUCGCCUCGGCGAUGUUGUCGUGAGUUCACCCACAGCGGAUUACCCAGGCGUAAUCCAAUACGACCGCGGCAAGGAAAAUGAGAAUAGUGACUUUGAGACAACCGGAUCCCUCCCGCCGCCACCAUGGUUCCUAAUGACAGCAAUCAGCUGUUUGGAAUCAAAUCCAGAUCGUGCCUCUAAUUCUCUUCAGCCCUAUCUUGUGCAGAUUGAAUCGCGUCUUCCCCUCAGCGAAAGGCCAAAGUACAAACGCCCGGGGCAAGAAUAUGAUCAGUGCUCCCAGACCGAAUGCUCAAGAUGCCAGGACAUUGGCGAGUGUGCCGAACGCAACAACUAUUUGAGGAGCAGGGCCCGUCGGUCAACAAAUGAUCCAGAAGUAUUCUACGGGCUCAUUGCCUCUGGAAAUCGGGUGAUUAAGGAUGCUCACGUCCGGAACAAAUGGGCCAAAAAAUGCGGUGUUUUGUGCUUCGAGAUGGAAGCAGCAGGAAUCAUGAACACAUUCCCGUGCCUUGUUAUUCGAGGCAUCUGCGAUUAUGCAGAUUCGUCUAAGAACAAGGUCUGGCAAGAGUAUGCAGCUGCCACGGCUGCUGCAUAUGCCAAGUUGCUGCUCGGCGAAGUUGCUUUGUUCGAAGGGCAGCAUGGGUCUUCAUUGGGAAAACGAAGUCAGACUCCAGGUUACGGAGCUCAAGAGAGGAUAUGUGAGAAACGACAAAGAGUAUGA